AUGUGGUUCCUCUUCCAAAACAUCUAUGGAGCUAUCUCCAUCAUGCUGUACGCCAUUGUCGUGUAUCUUCUAUUUCGAGAACGCCAGCACUUCAACAGAUCUUUCCUAGCUCUCUUCAUCAUUUUUGCUAUUGUGAGCAUUUCAAACUACAUAGCCUUAUACAUCUCGCUGCGUCUACCAAUGGCAACGGCACAGACAUCGCCUAUUGCUCCAAUUUUGAAGAGUCUUCCGCAACUGUUUCUGCGGCUUGUUGUAUUUCUCUGUUAUUAUCUCCCGUUCUGUAUCAAUGCAACAGAGCUGCUGUUUAUAUUCAACCAAUACAGAGCCAUCGCUUUCCCUUUUGCCAAAGAUUACCCAUUUGAAGUACUGAUAAGCAUUCUCAUAAUCUUUCUUCCACCAUUACCUCUCUCCUACAACCUUUUACUGGUCGAAGCGUCGUUUAUAUACAGGGAAUUCAUACAAGGCUAUUUCCUUAUGUCAGGAGGCGGGCGUGAUGACCGCAAGCGUCUGCUUUACUUGGUAAUAUUCGAAUGUGCGGUAGCUGUCCUGGGUUUGAUACUCAAUUUGGUAGCAGGACUAAUGCUCAAGAGGACUACGUCAGUACACAAUCGCCGAGUGCGAAAACGAAUUUAUCUCGUUUCUUGUAUUUGCUUCGCAUUUCAAGUGCUCAAUGCAGUGGUGACGCUUUGCGUCUAUCUGCUUGGUUGGCACUCCUCAGCAUUGGUCCUGACGAUACGAUUGUAUCCUUUUUGCUAUGAUCUAAACUCUUUGACGCCACCGUACUAUUUCCUUCUUAUCAACCGACGUAUCAAAAGGAGUUUCUUCAAUUUGCCGCUUUGUAAGAGGAUAGCUUCUCUUCGGAAUUCCAUAACAUCGACAAUGACAAGAGACACACCCGUCAUAGGUUAUAUCCGGAGGUCAAAGAAGAGCGGUCUUCCAAUGGAUCUAGAAUUUGAACCCAACGCCCGGUUUUACAGUGGAGGCCCUGAUGACAAGGCGGCCAAUCAGAGCCCGCCGGCGCCCUUUGGCCUCGCCCCCGGGGUAUAUAAGGCAGCGGAGUCUGAGAUAUCGGAUUCAUUUAAAUGCAUCAGCGCAAUCGACGGCGAGUAUCUCGUGAUCGAUGAUGACAAAAUUUGCAAGACACUGCGUGAGGCACGCCCGAAAAGACCUAGAAGAGACUGA